AUGGCUAAGAAAAAGAAUAAGAGUAACAAGAAGGCCAACAAUAAUACUCGCGCCCCCGCCGGAACUUCAGCACCAGACCCUGACACAUCCGAUAUCAAAGAAACUGAGGUUGCCGUCGAGCCCCCGGCUAUUCAAUAUCAAACAUAUGAUUGGGAAAAAUCCCAAUUUGCAAGUUAUACCAUCAAUGAUUCGACCGAACGUCUGACGGGGGGCAAUGAUCAGGACAACAAAGACCCCAGCACCGACGAACCAAAAGAAGAAGCACCAGCUGCCGAAGCACCAGAACCACCAGUAGAUGAACCUAGCCCACCACCAACAGAUGGCUCAGAGACCCAAGAAUCUUCGGAGGCAUCAACUCCCGCCGAGCCAGCCGAUGCUCCUGAUGCAGCAACCGCAGAUGCCAAAGAAGAAGGCGCAGAUGCGCCUGCUGGUGACGAGCCUGCGCCGAACGCAGAGGGCGAAGCACCGGCAGAUGAAGCCCCUCAAGAGCCUGCUGCGGAGAGUGCAGGGCCAGAGCAAAAAGAUGAAGAUGCUGCACCAGCGGAAGAUGCCCCACCAGCAGAAGAUGCACCGCCAGCCGACGAUGCACCACCAGCAGCAGAAGAUGCCCCAAAGAAUGACGGUGGAGGAAAUGACGAAGAUUUUCCAGACUGUGACCCUGAAGAUGGAGCAGAUAAGGUAGAGGCUGAGAAAGAAGCGGCUGCAAAGCAAGCGGCUGAAGAUGCCGAGGCCGAGGUCACUAAAGCGGAGGAGCCCUCUGGUGACGCGGAUAGUGCCAACCCUGAUGUACCAGCGGAGGAAGCACCUGCUGAAACGUUCGAGGAUGCUACACGUGAGGGUGAAGCUGAGAAGGAGAAAGACGCAUCAGAUCCUCCUGCCGAGGCCGAACCCCAACCAGAAGAGCCCAAGGCUGAAGAACCGCCAGCACCGAGUGAGCCCGAACCGCAAGCAGCAGAGGAGCCAGAAGAGAAACAAAUGACAAGUGCCGAGAAGAAAAAGACCAAAAAGAACAAGAAAAAGAAGAAGGGUGGCAAAGGAGCCGAUGCGGAACCUGAACCUACACCCCCUGCCGAAGCAGCGCCUGAACCUGAAAAACCUGCUCCUGCCCCGGCGGAAGAAGCCCCAACCGAGGAUGUUACUCCUGAACAGCCACCGGAGGAAACACCUGCAGAGGAAAAGGCGGAAGCUGUAGAGCCUGGGCCUGAGCCAUCCGUCGAAACCACGACAGAAGAAUCUGGAGAUGCUCCGCCAGUAGCAGAGCAAGAAGCUCCAGCAGAAAGCGAAAAGGAACCGGAAGCUUCAGCAGCGGAGCCAGAAAGUCCACCAGCUGAAGAGACAACUGCAGCUGAGGGUGCUCCAGAGGAAACCCCAGAGGCCGCGCCAACUGAAGCUCCCGUUGAAACACCUCAUCCAGAGCCUGAAGAGGCUGCCACACCUGAACCCGAAGCCGUACCUGAGGCCGAGCCGGAGGCAACCUCUGAGCUACCCGCUGAUACGCCUGCAGAAGAAUCUGCGAAGGACAUUGAGACUCCUGAAAGUGGUACUGAAGCUGUUGAGGAGCCUACGCCAGAGCCAGCAGCACCAGCAGAAGAGCCUGCCCCAGUACAAGAGGAAUCGGCCAAAGAGGCUGUACCUGAAGAAACUGCUGUUGAGGAAGAGCCAACCGAGGAGCCACAUGCUCCAACAGAAGAAGCACCAGGCGAGGCAGCGGUAGAAGAGCUAGCACCUACCGAGGAACUGGCUUCAGACCCUGCACCGGAAGAACCUUCACCUACAGCUGAGGAGUCUGCCCCGGUCGAGGCCGUUGCUGAGGAAGCCCAGUCUGCUGAACCUCCUGUUGAAGAGCCUCCAGCUGCUGAUUCAGUACCGGGGGAACCUGCAGGUCCAGAACCCGAGGCGCCUGAGGAAACCCCAGCGGAAGCGGCUCAGGACGAGCCUGCUGCUGAGGUAGAGGAGGCUAAGGACAUGUCUGUGGAAGAGCCGCCAGCUGAGACUACUCCGCCCGCUGAAGAGGCUACUCCUGCAGAACCUGCCUCUGAAAAGCCACCUGCAGAUGUGGCGCCCGCUGAAGAACCAGCACCUGUCGAGGAACCGGCCCCCGUUGAAGAACCGGCACCUGUUGUUGAAGAACCAAUACCCGUCGAGGAACCCUCACCCGUUGUCGAAGAACCGGCACCUGUUGAAGAACCAACACCCGUUGAGGAACCCACGCCUGUUGAAGAGCCUGCACCUUUCGAAGAACCUGCACCUGUUGUCGAAGAACCCGCGCCCGUCGAAGAGCUUGCACCUGUUGAAGAACCAACACCCGUUGAGGAACCCACGCCUGUCGAGGAACCAGCACCUGCCUUUGAGGAACCGGCACCCGUCGAAGAGCCUGCACCUGUUGAAGAACCGGCACCUAUUGUCGAAGAACCUGCGCCCGUCGAAGAACCGGCACCUGUUGAAGAACCGGCACCUAUUGUCGAAGAACCUGCGCCCGUCGAAGAACCGGCACCUGUCGAAGAACCGGCACCUAUUGUCGAAGAACCUGCGCCCGUCGAAGAACCGGCACCCAUCGAAGAGCCUGCACCUGUUAAAGAACCGGCACCUAUUGUCGAAGAACCUGCGCCCGUCGAAGAACCGGCACCUGUCGAAGAACCUGCACCCGUCGAAGAGCCAGCCCCCGUUGAAGAAACGGCACCUAUUGCUGGGGAACCGGCACCUGUUGUCGAAGAAUCAGCACCCGUUGAGGAACCGGCACUUCUCGAAGAAGCUCCUAGAGGAGUUGCUCCAGACGAGCCACCGGCACCACUAGAGCCCUUAGUACCCGUGCAAGUGCCGCUCGUAGAGAUUGCACCAGAAGAGCCAGUCGAAGAAAGCCGUGAAUUCGACGAAACCGCCGAGGCCCCAGGAAGCAAGGACGAAGGACGUCGUCGCAAGAAGCGUCCAUCAGGAGAUCGCGAGCGACGAUAUUCCAAGACAUCCUCAGAUGGACAGAAAGGUCUUCAACGCCAAAAGAGCGAACGCGGCGUCUUCACAAACCGAUGGGCCAAGGCUCUAGAUGAGGCCAAAAAGCAAUACGAGGAGAAGAAACGUGCCGAUCAGCAAGUUCUACGAAGCAAGGCUGCCGUUGAAGCUGACAAGGAACGAAGUGGAGUCUCUACAACGUCUGAGAAGAAGCCUAGACGCUCUUCAAAGGACAAGGAGCAACCAAUUGUCGAAGUCAAGCCGAAACGAAGUCCUUCCUCAAAGGAACCAAGUAGCAGUCGUUCAUCCAAACCUCCCCCAUCUUCUAAACCGAGUUCUUCUGCUCCGACCAAGCAGCCUCGCCACUUCCUCAAGUAUAUGAAUAAUGGGGAAUCAGACAAUUUCAAACCUCUUGUUCGUGUUAAUACGUCAAAGUCUUCGGCACCAUCUUCUGACCGACCUCGUCGUGCUUCGACGGCUCAAAGCCAUGGCAGCGAUGAGAGGAAGUCUAGUAGUCGAUCCAAUGGUUCUGGCUCUGGUUCUCGUCGUGAAGAGGAACCUGCUCGUCCGGAGAAAGAAAAGGAGAGGACAAGAGAAGAGGGGAGAGAGAAAAAACCUCGCCGACGUUCUCGUGAAGAGCCUGAAGCUAGUAGUAGCAAGCCUCGCGACAGAGAAAGAGAGAGGGAACGAGAAAGGACCGAAGAUGGAGAGAAACCUGAAGGCGCUCGCCGACACCGUCGACACAGACGUGAACCCUCCCCAGUGAAAGAAUCCAAGGUGAGGGGGUUUUUCAGAAGCAUCGCUGCUCAUUAA